CACACUUUCAGUAAUGUUUCCACCUCACCCACAUCCUCAGUAACGGUCCCACCUCACCCACACUCUCGGUAAUGGACCCACCUCACCCACACUCACAGGAUGUAACUAUUCAACCUGCACCCUUUAAGAGAUCAUACUACCUCGCACUUUUGAGAUAGGACUCAACUCCAUCCAUUCCUUACCAGUUUUCCCACCGUUAGAACGACAUGACCCCACCUUAUGCCUUGGCCCUGUCCUUGACACCCUCAAGCUAUGAUCUGACUCCAUCCCCCAUCCCCACUAUCUGAAGCCGAUCCACGAAGACUGGACCUACCCAAAUAUUCUGACUCUGUCCCCACUUUUCCAAACAACCCUCAACCCUCCUCCAGCAACACUGCAUAUUCUUUCCAUAGCCUUUUCCCUCGAACUUUAUCUGUCUCUCUCUUUCUCUCCCAGCCCUUAUCCGGAUACCUCACGCUUAGCGCCAGACCCCUCCUCACGCACACCGUCCUCCGCCCUCAUUUUUCCCAUCUUUUAAUCCUCACCUUUCUCUUCGCUUUCCCUCCCGACAGCUGUUCCUCUCUUUACCUCACCCAAACCUCCAUUCUCCCUACCUCCAGCUGGAACUCCCCCCCACGCCCAGGCUCGUAUUUCUUUCCCUGGGAUCUCGGUUCUCGGCCUUCCCUGCUCCGACUGGCUCGAACUCCAGUCCUGGUUUUGCAGCAGCUCCGGGUCGGACAGCGGGAUUCGGAUCGAGACGAGCGGUCGACACCCCGAGUAUUCGGCAGAGCCGCUCACUGCCGGCGGGACCCAUCCCACGCAACAGCUAAAUCCGGGCUCUGGGGAUCCGCUUAGAGCCAGACCCCUUGGUUCUAUCUCCCUCCCCCUCACCCCGUCCUCCACCCUCCCUCAGUGUCGCUUUCCCCCACUUUCAAUCCUCACCUUUCUCUUUCUGCUUUUCUCCCCAGAUCUUGAUCCUCUCCUUCCCCCUCGCCCAACUCUCCAGUCUUUCAGCUCUCCUGUCAGCUUUUUUAUUCUCACUUCUCCCGCUCUCUUUCAGGCUGUGUGGCCGCUGGUCCUCUUUGGGGGUGGGGUAUUGCUCGGAGGUCUUUAUUCGUCACCCCCUGUGCAUCUCUGCCGGUGUCCAGGAUGUGCUGCUGGCUGGCGCUCCGUCUCGUGGUACAGGCUCCGCUGCUGUGGCAGAUAGUGUUUGGCACGACUUCAGCCCAGAUCUCCCUGCCCUACUACCACCAGGAAAACGUAAUUGAUCUUCUGGAAGCCCUGAACAUCACAAGAUCUGUAAAGGGAGUGAGCAGAAGCAAAGGUUUGGAACCAGGCGCCCCAGCUUGGAAGUUCCGUAAGCGUGUACCGCAUCUGACCCUGCCACGGGAUUACGCCAUCUACUUCCUCACCUCCAUGCAGGGGUCCAUUGGCUUUCACUUUGUGGCAAAACAGAGCAAGAACUCAGAGGGGACAAUUAUCUCCUUCACCUCUCCCACCACCACCAAAAAGGAUGGACGUCCACUUUUACAGCUCACGUCCAGCACCAGAAAAAACCAACUGCAGCUGGAUUACCGGACUGUGCACAACAUGGAGCCGGCAUCCAUUGUCUUUCCUGGAGGGACUCCCUUUGGCAAUGGGCAGUGGGGCCAGGUGGCCUUCAAUCUGGAGUCUCAGAGAAUAACCCUUCUCAUUGACUGUGAAGAAGACAUUGUGUUUGAGAAGAACCUGGACAAAGAUGCCAUUAGCCUGAUUCUUCCCAUCGAUUUGGAAAUUCACUUCUCCAGCACGGAAGGAGGGGACAGCAAAUUCACGGGCUACUGGCAGACAGCAGAGAUCUCUCCAAGUGGCUUUGUUCACCGCCCGUGGCACUGCGACAAUCUGCCAGAUUCCUUAGCCUUGCCGUAUUCUUUGGCUGAGCAACGAUACUCAGAAUCGGAUGAGGAAUUUCAGUUCCUUGAGGACGUCUCCACACAUUCAAUGUCCAUGUCAGACGUCAGUCAGGAUCGGCAGCAACAAAAUGACGCGGGAGCUUCACUGCUGGCCCACAGUCUGAAGCCCAGAAGCCAAGAGCAGCAAUUCGAUAGGUUGGAGGAGAUGGUGGCAGCACUCAGUGCAAUGCUGGACAUGGUCAAAGCUCAGAAUUCGGAACUGCUGCUCCGGGUCGAGCUCCUUGAGGCGUGUGAAUGCAGGAAACCUGUGUGCUUGUGGCAGGGGAGGGAAUACGAGGAGGGCCAGUCGUGGGUCCUGGAUGCCUGCAACUCCUGUGUCUGCACCAGGGGGGAGAUGAGCUGCUCAAAGCGGAGCGACAACCCCCUUUGUCAGGAUCCCUGUUCUAGCAACCCGUGCAAGAAUGGGGGAGUCUGUCACCCACUCCCCUCUGACUCCAGGAUACAACCUUCAGGAUUCACAUGCAGUUGCCCAGCGACAUCCACAGGGCACCAAUGUGAAGACAGCUUGGUCCAGGUUUGUACGUUGCCUUGUGUUCAAGGUCACUGCAGCAGGGGAUUCACCGUUCCCACGAAACGCUGGUUCUUCAGCAUCUCCUCUGGCCUGUGUGAAGAAUUUAAUUACAAUGGCUGUGGUGGCAACAGCAACAACUUUGAAACACACGAGGAGUGCAGGAAGAGGUGCGAGGCGGGAGCUUGCUGCUACCGCCAGCCAAGGUUGCCCAACACUCCAAUUGGUUAUGACCACGAAGGCUAUGAUCGCUAUGGGUACAACGUAUCCGGCGUGGACCGGAGUGGAAGGCAAGUGGUGGCAUUUAACCCAGUACGCUCUGGGCCCGCGCUGUUUGGUCCCAAUGGACAGAUCUUUAGCGGCCUGAGCGAUGGACGAGAGUUCGACAAGUACGGGUUUGAUAAACAGGGUUACGACCGAGAUGGGUUCCACAGGGACACAGGGUUCAACCUCACCGGCCACAACAAGAAAGGGGAGCACGACGCAAGAGCAGAGUUUGACACGGCCGGAUUCGAUGCAGACGGUUACAAUCGAGCACAAUUUGACUGUGUUGGGGUUAACCGUGAGGGUUUCAACUACCUGGGUUUCUCCGCAGCCUACAUCUAUCACUGUGAGUAUCUGCCAGCCUCUCAUUGUCAGGCCAUCCACAGAGGUGAUCUGAAGAGGGAGGUGGUCAGCUUCAAGCCAGGCCAGAGGUGCGAGGACGUUCAGUGUGGCCAGGGAUGUGGCUGCACCUUCCAUGGUCGCUCCUACCGCUUCGGAGAGUCCUUUGAGUAUGGCUGUGAGAUCUGCCUGUGCAGCUACACUGGGGUGACAGAGUGCAACUGUCGGCACGUUAGUCAACGCAAGGAGAUCCGGGACAUGACGGCUGAGGAGAUGAUGGCUUACCAGGCAGCAAUACGAGAUAUCUACUACAAGCAAGGUAUCUGGGAGGAGUUUGCCAAAAUUAGAGCACAGUACUCACCACAAGCCAAUGGACAGUUCACCUUCCUCCCCUGGCACCGUUACUUCCUCCGGAUGGUGGAACGAGAGCUGCAGAAGGUAUCAUGUGACAUCAGCAUCCCAUAUUUUGAAUGGACCAUUGAUGCGGGUUCGAUGGAAAGCUCUACAGCAUGGCAAGGAAACUUUUUUGGAGCGAAUGGAAACUCUGAGACAGACUGUGUCUCCUAUCACCCUUUCCAGCAGGACACUGAAUGGGUACCUUGCCUCCGUCGGCAUUUCAACCUUUCCAUCACUUUACCAGAUGCCAUCAACAUUCAGCUGAUAUUAGCAGAGCAAGACUUCGCCCAGUUCUCCAUUCAAAUGGAAGCCAUCUCAGGGCUCUUCCACCUCUGGGUUGGAGGUCACAUGUCCUCUCCUUUCAGCCCAUAUGAUCCAAUUUUUCUGUCUCAUUAUGCAUUUAUAGAUAAACUUUGGAGCCACUGGCAAGACCGCAGCCCUAGUGGUCUGCCCCGUUACCCCUCUGAUCUUCGAUAUGUGAAGAUGAAGCCAUUUGACAUUGCCCCAGAUGACCUCUUGUUAUCUCAGCAGCAGCUUUGCGCCAUUUACGUUCCAGUCACACUUGGUGCUCCUUGCAACUAUACAAAGGCCAAUUCUCAGCACCAUGACCAGAACAGCUAUAACAGGAAAGAUUUUGAUCAAAGUGUUCAACCAGACACACAAAAAACUUAUGAUAUUCAUGGGUAUGACUGUCAAGGUUAUGAUCACCAUGACUACGACCAGACUGGUUGGGAUCGUAAUGGUUAUGGCAGAGACCAUUUCAACCGGGACGGUUUUGACAUCGAAGGAUUUGAUGUUUCAGGAUACAAUCGGUAUGGUUUCAAUCGGUCUCUAGUCACACCAUUUGGAAUGAGGAAAGAUGAGACCUAUUUACCUUAUGUUAAGGUAGAAGUUAUUGAGUCUCUUUUUGAUGGUGGCUAUAACACUUACGGCUAUAACAAGUUUGGCUUGGAUAAGAAUGGUUUUGAUGUGUUUGGUUUUGAUAAGAGUGGGUAUGACAAAGACAACUGCAAUUAUUUCUUUAGAGGUCCUCAUCACAUGAGGUUCUACUUCUUCGUGCAGCAGCAGCUCCACAUGGCUAACACAGAGCAGCUGCUCAAUAUUAAACGUAUCUGCCCACCAAUAACCUCACUCCCAAAUUGGUGGCUUGUUCAGAACUGGAUGGUCAUUGAUGUGCAAGACACAAUCACAGUCAUACGGCACUUUGAACAGAAGUGGGCUUCAAGUCAUCCUUUUGACAAUGGAUAUAUCCCCAACAUCUCCUCAGUGAAAGACAGUAGCCUUUGGCUUCCUGUAACGCCUGACCUCAGGUUUUGCUUUGAGCUGCACUGGUAUUCCGGCUGCCCGAUAGGCACCCAGCCGAUCAGCUGCCCCGACCUGUGCCAGCACACCGAGUGCCUGGGGUUCCCGAAUGCAGAGUGCCGCGUCCACCACUGCGGAGCCUGCUUCAGCGAGUGGUACGACCGAACAACGGGCCGCCACGUCAUGUGUCAGGGUUGCAUAGAUGACAUGGGUAUGGGUCACGUGGAUGGUUCGAGUUGGCAGUCUGGAUGCCAGCUGUGCAUGUGCCAGGGUGGUGCUGUGUCUUGUUCGAAGCUGCCCUGUCCAGACCCUGGGAACUGCCAACACCCAGCCCAGGACCUGAGUCAAUGCUGUUCUUCUUGUGAUGGUUGCAACUACAACGGCCAGACUUUUCAGAAUGGAGAUUCAGUCAUCAUCGACGCUUGCAUGUCCUGUGUGUGUCUGAACGGAGAUAUUUCCUGUGCGCCUGUGCCGUGUCAGACUCUGAACUGUAAGGAUGUUGUGCAGAAACCAGGAUCUUGCUGUCCGGAGUGCGCCCGAGGCUGUGCCAAUGGAAGAGCUCAUGGAGAGAGCUGGAAGCCUGAAACAUGUACACAAUGCUCGUGUGAGGAUGGAAAUGUUCAGUGCAAGGAGAUCAUCUGUCAAGACCUCACAUGUUUAGACCAAUACAAACCAGCAGAAGAAUGCUGUCCCAUCUGUCAGCCAGGUUGCGAAUACGAAGGGAAGCAGUAUGUAAACGGGGAGGUUUUCUCAUCGAUUACCAAUCCCUGCAUGAACUGUUCAUGUGUGAACAGCUUGGUGAGAUGUGGUCCCAUGCAGUGCCAGCCCCCGCCGUGCUCUCACCCUGUCCAGGAAUCUGACCAGUGUUGCCCCAGCUGUCCAGGCUGCGAGUUGGACGGAGCCGUCCUGGCUCAUGGGCGGACAGUCACAUCGCCGGAUGGCUGCCAAACAUGUUCUUGUCUGGAUGGGCAGGUUGUGUGUGAACAGAAACACUGUGAGGCUACCUGCAGGAAUCCUGUCCCGGCCCUGUACGGAACCUGCUGUCCCCUCUGCGAUGACUGUUCUCUCAAUGGACAGGUAUACCUGAAUGGCGAGAAGGUGCCCAGUGGAGAUCCGUGUACAGAUUGUAGUUGUCAGGACGGAGAUGUUCACUGUGCAGCAGUGUCUUGUCAGGCUGUGACUUGCAGGAACCCCACCCAGGAACCAGGCGAAUGCUGUCCCAGGUGUACAGAAUGCGAGUACGAAUCUCGAACCUUCUCUGAUGGACAGACUUUCAUACCUUGGUCAAAACCCUGCCUGAGCUGCCAUUGUGAGGCUGGUAAAGUAUCUUGUGACCGAAUGGCCCAGAAUUGUCCACCUGUUCGAUGUAGUCAUCCAGCCAACUUGGUUGGACAGUGCUGCCCGUCAUGCAACAUGUGUGAGUAUGAGAGCGUGCUCAUUAACAAUGGUCAGACAUUCCAGCCGCCGUUUGCUGGGCCCUGCAUUCAGUGUACCUGCACAGAUGGAAAUGUACGAUGUCAAGAGGAGGUCUGCCCAUUUCUGCCUUGUGCCAACCCAUUCAAACCUCCAGACCAGUGCUGUCCUACGUGUAAAGUAUGUGUUAUGCAGGGACUGGAGUAUGAAGAUGGAGUGAAAUGGGAGCUGGAGGAGAACCAGUGCACCAUCUGUACCUGUGUCAAUGGUGACACCAUCUGCAGACCCAAGCAGUGCCCAGCCGUCACCUGCCAACACCCUUCCUCAAACAAUGGUGAAUGCUGUCUCUCUUGUGACCAAUGCACUUACAACAAGAGACAGUAUGUCAGUGGGCAGGAGUUCAUUGACCCAGACAACCCAUGCCAGAAUUGCCACUGUCAGACCGGCACGGUACACUGUGUCCUGACAGAUUGUCCCCCAGUUACCUGCAACAGGCCGGAGAGGAAGCCAGGGCAGUGCUGCGCCAAGUGCCCCGACUGUGUGCUUGAGAAUCGAGUAUUAGUAGAUGGUCAGCGGUUCCCAAACCCUGAGAACUCUUGCCAGGAGUGUGCCUGUUUGAACGGCCAAGUGAUCUGUACGGAGAGGGAUUGUAUUAGCGCCCUCUGCUCCUAUCCGCUCUCCGGGACCUGCUGUCAAAACAACUGUAACGGUUGUCAGUAUGCUGGUAAGGAAUAUCCUAAUGGUGCCAACUUUCCACACCCAACUAACAAAUGCAAGGAGUGUCAUUGCAUUAAUGGAAACGUGCAAUGUCUGUCGAGGAGGUGUCCUCCUCUCUCAUGCAACGAUCCAUUCCUCCAGCCUGGAAGCUGCUGCCUCCAAUGUCCAGCUCCACCAGCUGAAUGUCAGUACUCAGGCCUCCUUUAUAAACACAUGCAGCAUUUCUAUGAGCCGCUGGACAAAUGCCGCUCCUGUGUGUGUAAUAACGGGACAGUCACGUGUCAGAGGAAGCCGUGUGCCCCCCUGCAGUGUUCACACUCCAUCCUGCAGGACUGCUGCCGCACCUGCGACGGCUGUCUGCUAGGUGGAAAGGAAUACGCAAAUGGAGAAGAAUUCGCCGAUGUAUCAGAUAGCUGCAAUGUUUGUGAAUGCAGAGAGGGCAGCGUAUUGUGUGAAAGGCCACCCUGCCCUGUGCUGGAGUGUCCCUUCCCUACACAGGGCCGCUGCUGUAAAGCAUGUGACGGCUGUAAUUAUAUGGGGGUGGAGUAUCUGAACGGCCAGGAGUUCCCUGGGCCAUUGGACCCCUGCACCCGCUGUGAAUGUAUGAAUGGGUUUGUCAGCUGCUCGAAGAGACCGUGCUACAGCCCCAGUUGCAGCCAUCCCAUCAACCUCCCCACACAGUGCUGCCCUGUCUGUGAAGGCUGUUACUAUGCUGGUGUUGCUAUUGGCAAUGGACAGACAUUUGCGGACCCAAGUGACUUGUGCUCUCAGUGUACCUGCCGGAUGGGCUCAGUGCAAUGUGUGAGGAAGCUGUGUGCUCCAGCUCCCUGCUCCCAUCCCAUCGCUGGACCCUGUGACUGCCCCCAGUGUGAUGGUUGUCAUUUCCAUGGUGAAGAUUAUGCAGAAGGAGCGACAUUCCCUGCACCCAAAGGGAAAUGUAAGGAGUGCCGGUGCUGGAAAGGACAAGUGAUCUGUGACACGAAACAGUGCAGGGAAGUGCUGUGUCCCCACCCUGCAAUCAAUCACUGCGGCUGUCCAGUGUGUGAGGGCUGUUGGUACAAAGAGAGAGAUUGUAAAAAUGGUGAAACGUUCCCAGACCCAAACAACAAGUGUAACCGCUGCAACUGUGUGAAUGGAGCAGUUACCUGUGGGUCUGUUCCCUGCCCAUCCAUCACAUGUCAGAACCCAGUGACUCCUCGCGGUGAAUGCUGCCCACAGUGUACUGGGAUCUGCCACUACCUGGGUCAGGUGUACGAGAGUGGAGUCACCUUCAACUCGCCCACAGAGAAGUGCUCAGAGUGCACUUGCCUGGCUGAGGUGGUGACCUGCCGGCAAAAGCCUUGUCCCAUGCAGUGCACCUAUCCAGUCCCCAGUACUGCCUGCUGUCCCGUCUGCAAUCACUGUUUGUUUGAGGGCUUGGAGUACAAAAACCUGAAAACCUUCUCCCCUCCAUCGGACCCCUGUAAACGCUGCAACUGUCUCAAUGGGAAUGUGUUGUGUUUGGAGGUUGUGUGCCCUCCAGUAACCUGUUUGGAGCCGAUUACUAAACCAAACCAGUGCUGUCAAGAGUGUCCAGUCUGUAUUCACCAAGGAAAGAAUUAUGCGGAAGGAUCACAUUGGGUUUCAACCACAAACCCCUGCUACAAGUGUGUGUGUACACGAGGCAAGGUGACCUGCUUGGAGCCAGAAUGUGAGGUCAUGUGCCGGUACCCCACACACAUUCCUGGCCAGUGUUGCCCAGUUUGUCACGACUGCUACUUUGAAGACAACAUCUACAGAGACGGGGAAUCUUUCAAACCGGACCCCUGCAGAGACUGUUCAUGCAGCGGUGGUGAUGUUCACUGUUUGACCACUGAGUGCCCAACACUUAACUGUGGGCAACAGGUUACACCUGCGGGAUCUUGCUGCCCACAGUGCCGAGGAUGUAUGUACCUUGGGAAGGAACACCAGGAAGGAGAAACUUGGUUUGAUCCCUCAGUUCCCUGCCUGACUUGUAUGUGUAUAGACGCAGUCACAACCUGCUCAGAAAUCCAUUGCGUCACUCCAUGCAAGAAUGUUAUCCACGUGACUGGGGAGUGUUGCCCCCUCUGUGCAGAUUGCAUUUAUGACCGACGUGUGUACGGUCCUGGAGAGAGUUUCCACCCCAGCCAUGAUCCCUGUGAAAUCUGCGCUUGCGAGGUGAUGGUGGAUGGAGAGCAGCACCUCCGGUGUUACCGUCGUCAGUGUCCCAGCCUGGUGGACUGUCCGAGGGAUUUGAUCCUUGCCCCAGAUCCGGCUCACUGUUGCCCUAGCUGUGCCCAGCCAUUGAGUAACUGCACCACUGGCCUGGUGGGGAAUGAGCUCUUUGCCACUGAUGAUCCCUGCUACACCUGCCAGUGCAAGGAUCUAACUUGGAUCUGCAUCCGUCAGAGUUGCCUUCCGCUGAGCUGCCCCAUGGCUGAGCAGUUCACUCCGGCAGGUGCCUGCUGCCCAGUCUGUGAUGAAUGUGUGAUCGAGGGUGAGAAGCGCCGUGUUUCUGAUGGUGAAACCUGGACUGACUCCUUUGAUGAAUGCGUCACAUGCUCCUGCAAUCUUGGACAUGUUGAGUGCCACAUUGAAGAAUGUCUCUCUGUCAUCUGCCACGAUGGCCUUGUCAAAGUCCGAUCACCGGGGAGGUGUUGCUACGAGUGCCAGGAUCCCAGGGUCUCAUGCAGCUACCAUGGAAAAUUGUAUCAAUCAAACCAACACUGGGAAGUGAAUGAAUGUACCACCUGCACCUGUGUCUCCGGGGAGGUCCACUGUCAGACCGAGCACUGCCCACAGCUCGCCUGUUCAUCGGAUGAGAGCCCUGUACUGAUCCCAGGAAUGUGUUGCCCUCACUGCAUUCCCCGCCCUGCUACCUGCAUGGUGUUUGGAGACCCUCACUACCUCACCUUUGAUGGGAAGAUGAUCCACUUCCAAGGAGCGUGCAGCUACAUCCUUGUUGAGGACUGCGAGGGAGGAGACUUCAGUAUCCGUGUGACCAACGAGGAUCGAGGUCGAAAAGGAGUGUCAUGGACCAAAGAGGUGACAGUGCUGAUCGGGGACCUGAAUGUCCAACUUCUCCAAGACUGGGUUGUUAUGGUGGACAGCCGCAGUGUGUCUCUGCCUUUUCUGCAGGAGCCAUACGUCUACAUCGAGAGAAGAACCAACAAUAUCCUGCUGAACACCAACAUCGGUGUGAAGGUCUUGUGGAAUGGUAAAUCUCACCUGGAAGUGAGUUUGCCUGGAACCUAUAAAGGCCAGGCAUGUGGGCUGUGUGGGAACUUCAACAACUACCCCCAGGACGACCUGAGGAUCCGCAGUGGUCAAAUCGUCAGCUCAGAGGCAACGUUUGGGAACAGCUGGAAGGUUCGCAGUGGAAAUGAGAGCAGCCCACAUUGUGCAGAUGCUGAGGACAUCGCUCCCUGUAAGCAAGCGGGUUACCGAGCUCGCAAAGAGGCCAAUGCCAAGUGCAAGAUCCUCAAGUCCAAGACCUUUGAGCGUUGUCACAGGGUGGUGCCGCCGGAGAUGUUCUUCGGCUCCUGCGUGUAUGACCUGUGUGCCUGCGGUGCGAAUAUCGAUGACUGCUUGUGUGAUGCUUUGGAGGCUUAUGCAUCGCAAUGUCGAGAGGCUGGAGUUAUCCUGCACUGGCGGUCACCAACACUCUGUGCGGUCGGUUGCCCAUCUGAUCGUGGCUAUGUGUUUGACGAGUGUGGCCCGCCAUGCCCAAAGACGUGUUUUAACAAGGAUGUUCCUCUGGGGGUGAUUGAUGCCCACUGCUUCAAGCCAUGUGUCCCAGGAUGUCAGUGUCCAGCUGGUCUGGUGGAGCAUGAAUCGCAUUGUAUAUCACCAGACACCUGUCCCAAAAUCAUCUAUGGAAAUUUGUGAUUCCUGCUCUCAGAGACAGAGAAGUACCCACACACCCACACACACACACAGAAACAACAAGCACUUUCAAUGCACUUGCUGCCAGUGAUUUACAGAGUAUAGGUGAAGAGGAAGAAACUCAACUGACAUUGAAGUAAGAGGACUAACUAAUAACUUCGAAUAUUGGCCCUUGCACUCAGACAGCAGGACCAGGUACAAGCACGGAGUGCAGAACUCUUAAAAGAAUUGAAUAAUGAAGUCUCAUCCCUCUCUCUGUUCAGCUAGUGUAUGUUUAUCUGCUAUCUGGAGUGUUUUCUUUUCCAUUUGUCUUUAAAUCAAUGUUUCUGAGUAUAAUUCUGUUCUCUAUUAUGUAAAUUAUAUUUUCAAUUUUAUAGUUAAGAUGGGUACAAUAUCCGGUUAGAUGCUGUGAAAAGAGAUUAUUGAUUCUUUGAUUAAUUGAAUUUGAUCGUGUUUAUAUUCAAUCUAUGCAGAGUACAUAGAGAACAUUCAGAGCAAAGUUCCCUAUCUGAAAUCCAAACGAAUAUCUUUGCCUUAUGAUCUUGUUCUGAUUCUGAAUUAAUCCCUCAGUCUCUCUAUAUUUUUGCUCAGUUUCUUGUUGGUUCUGCAAUCCCCUUCCCUUUCUCUUGUAGAAGAAAGGAGAUCUAUUCUAGCCUUCAUGGUAUUGGCAAAACUCUACAGGCUUUAGAACUGUUGAAGAAUUUCCAAACUGAAAAUUGUUGGGUCUGUGCCACUCCACUGUUUCUCGUCUAAGGGACAGCUCCUCAUGCAGUUCUGUACUUGGACUGUCAGCCUAGUUUAUGUUCUUAGAUUUUGUCGACGCGACUUGAAUACCACGAAUGGUAUCAGUUAGUCUUUCACCAAGUUAGCACUUGACUGAGCAGAUAAUCCACUGAAUCUGUCCAUUACUAAUGUCAAUCGCUCUCCUUCAUGUGAACGCUACAUUCUUUUUCCAAAAUCUUGACAUAAGCCUCUCCAGGGAUCAGGAGUUAAGAUUUUAAGAAGCAGAAUUUAUUUAAUCUUUGUUCAUAUUUUAUCACCGAUGACUGUUACUGCCUAGUGUACACUGCAAUAA